AUGGGGCUCCCGGCACUGCUGGCCAGUGCUCUCUGCACCUUCGUGCUACCGCUGCUGCUCUUCCUGGCCGCGAUCAAGCUCUGGGACUUGUACUGCGUGAGCAGCCGGGACCGCAGCUCUGCCCUCCCUUUGCCUCCCGGAACGAUGGGCUUCCCCUUCUUUGGGGAAACACUGCAGAUGGUGCUACAGCGAAGGAAGUUCCUGCAGAUGAAGCGCAGGAAAUACGGCUUCAUCUACAAGACGCAUCUGUUCGGGCGGCCCACGGUGCGGGUGAUGGGAGCGGACAACGUGCGGCGCAUUUUGCUCGGAGAGCACCGGCUGGUGUCGGUCCACUGGCCCGCGUCAGUGCGCACCAUCCUGGGUUCUGGGUGCCUCUCUAACCUGCACGACUCCUCGCACAAGCAGCGCAAGAAGGUGAUUAUGCAGGCCUUCAGCCGCGAGGCCCUUCAGUGCUACGUGCCAGUGAUCGCCGAGGAAGUGGGCAACUACUUGGAGCAAUGGCUGAGCUGCGGCGAGCGCGGCCUCCUGGUCUAUCCCCAGGUGAAGCGCCUUAUGUUCCGCAUCGCCAUGCGCAUCCUGCUGGGCUGCGAGUCCCGAGUGGCGAGCGGCGGGGAAGACGAGCAGCAGCUGGUAGAGGCCUUCGAGGAAAUGACCCGCAAUCUCUUCUCGUUGCCCAUAGAUGUGCCCUUCAGCGGACUGUACCGGGGCCUGAAGGCGCGCGACCUCAUCCACGCGCGCAUCGAGGAGAACAUUCGCGCCAAGAUCCGCAGGCUGCGGGCGGCGGAGGCGGGCGGGGGCUGCAAAGAUGCCCUGCAGCUGUUGAUCGAGCACUCGUGGGAGAGAGGAGAGAAGCUGGACAUGCAGGCAUUAAAGCAAUCUUCAACAGAACUCCUCUUUGGAGGGCAUGAAACCACGGCCAGUGCAGCUACGUCUCUGAUCACUUACUUGGGGCUCUACCCACAUGUUCUCCAGAAAGUUCGAGAAGAGCUGAAGAAUAAGGGUUUACUUUGCAAAGGCAAUCAAGACAACAAGUUGGACGUGGAAAUUUUGGAACAGCUUAAGUACAUUGGGUGUGUUAUUAAAGAGACCCUUCGACUGAACCCCCCAGUUCCAGGAGGGUUUCGGGUUGCCCUUAAGACUUUUGAAUUAAAUGGAUACCAGAUUCCCAAAGGCUGGAAUGUAAUCUACAGUAUCUGCGAUACUCAUGAUGUCGCUGAUAUCUUCAGCAACAAGGAGGAAUUCAAUCCUGACCGCUUUCUGCUGCCUCACCCAGAGGAUGCAUCCAGGUUCAGCUUCAUUCCAUUUGGAGGAGGCCUUAGGAGCUGUCUUUUUGGGAUCCUGGAAGCUGUCUCCUGUAAGCCUCAGCACUGGGCCACCAUGCUUUAG